AUGCUGCUGGAGCGGGUCCGCGCCGGCUCCGAGAAGGCCGCGGAGCUCUGCCCCUUCCCGCGGAGCCCAGAGAUCCCGCUGUGCGCCGGCUGCAACCAGCACAUCGUGGACAGGUUCAUCCUCAAGGUCCUGGACCGGCACUGGCACAGCAAGUGCCUGAAAUGCUCCGACUGCCAGACGCAGCUGGCCGAGAAGUGCUUCAGCCGCGGGGACGGCGUGUACUGCAAGGAGGACUUCUUCAAGCGCUUCGGGACGAAGUGUGCCGCCUGCCAGCAGGGCAUCCCCCCGACCCAGGUGGUGCGCCGGGCGCAGGACUUCGUGUACCACCUGCACUGCUUCGCCUGCAUCGUCUGCAAGCGGCAGCUGGCCACCGGCGACGAGUUCUACCUCAUGGAGGACAGCAGGCUGGUCUGCAAGGCGGACUACGAGACAGCCAAGCAGAGAGAGGCGGAGUCCACGGCAAAGCGACCCCGCACUACCAUCACUGCCAAGCAGCUGGAGACCCUCAAAAAUGCCUACAACAACUCGCCCAAGCCUGCACGGCACGUCCGGGAGCAGCUCUCCUCAGAGACCGGGCUGGACAUGCGAGUGGUGCAGGUCUGGUUCCAGAACCGCAGGGCCAAGGAGAAGAGGCUGAAGAAAGAUGCCGGGAGGCAGCGGUGGGGCCAGUACUUCAGGAACAUGAAGCGAUCCCGGGGGACCUCCAAGUCCGACAAGGACAGCAUCCAGGAGGAAGGGCCUGACAGCGACGCCGAGGUCUCCUUCACAGAUGAGCCGUCUAUGUCAGAAAUGAGCCACUCCAAUGGGAUUUACAGCAACCUCAGCGAAGCGUCUCCGGCUCUGGGGAGACCGGCUGGGAGCAACGGGAGCUUCGCUCUGGAUCACAGCGGCCUCCCGGCUCAGGACCAGUACCACGACCUGCGGUCCAACAGCCCCUACGGGAUACCCCAGUCACCAGCUUCCUUGCAGGCGCUGCCAGGCCACCAGCCUUUAAUCUCCAGCUUGGUUUACCCAGACAACGGCUUGGGCAUCAUGGGACAGGGCGGACAAGGGGUGCCGCAGUCCAUGAGGGUGCUGGCUGGGAACGGGCCCAGCUCCGACCUCUCCACCGGCAGCAGCGGCGGAUACCCGGAUUUCCCUGCCAGCCCGGCCUCGUGGCUAGACGAAGUCGACCACGCUCAGUUUUGA